ACCAAAAUGUCAGCGCCCUUGAUUUUAGAGCUUAAUCUAAAUUUUACAAUAAAAUCACUGACUACUGUAAAUGUAUGAUAUAAUAGCUGAUUUGAGUAGUGCCUCAUUAUGAACAAACUAAUAAUACAACGUUCUAUUUUGAGGAUUUGGACAUUCAGCGUCCAGAAUCAAUGCAAACGGACUUUGAACAUCAAAAAUUUUCCGAAUGGUGUUGACUUCAAUGUUCAGUAUAUUGAUACAUCUCCAGGGCGCCUUGAUCUGCCUGUAGCCCUAGCAAUCCAUGGAGCACCGGGGACACACAAGGACUUUCUUCCAAUUGUUGAUCAGCUGGCUGAGAGAGGAUACCGGGUUAUUAUCCCUAACUUUCCAGGCUAUGGGCUUACAACUGGCCAUUACGAUAUGGAUGAACAGGUGUUUAGUCAUUCUGUUACAGAGCGGUUGUUAUUUAUUGCUGAUUUUGUGGCACUUUUGGGAGUUUUCAAAAUUGACCUGGUGCUAGGGCAUGGAAUGGGAACUCAUGUAGCAUCAGGAUUCUGCGCACGUCAUCCUGGGGUCAGAUCAGCCUUAUUUCUCGCACCAGCCCCUCAUGAACUACACAGGGGACUCCCUCCAUCUAUUAUGAUGCGUUUCUUUGCACGUAAGUGGCAGGCCAAGAGUUACAUUAUUAAGCCUUUCUUAUGGUUGAUGUUCACCUUCAUGCAUGCAUGGUUACGCUAUGAGCCAACAUCACACCGUGCAAAACAUAUCGGAAAUAUGGUGCUUUCAGGGAAUGGAACGCACUAUCCAGAUAUCAUCAGCUUCGCGCUCGAGAUGGAAAUAAAGCAGCUCCCCCUAGUGAGCAUUACAAGUGAGGAUGACUUAUUAGUGAUGCAAUCGCAGUUAACCAAAUACCAUGAUCUGCUGGGUAUUAAGGCUGAUGCUAGAGAGGAAUACGAUAAAGAUGGCGUUUGUUUGAAAUCAGUUGUUCCUAGUGAAAAUACACCUCACCAUGCCAAGAGUAUAUUGCUGCAAAACGGUACAUCAUUUCCGCAGAAAACAUACACAGACUUAGUUAUAAAAGAAGCUUUAGAACUGUUAGAAAAGUCUAAGAAUUAUCAACCCCCUAACAGUAACAUUGAUAGCUGAUGCUAGCUUCCUUUAGGAAUUUAUUGAAAUAUUCAGAUUUUUAUGGGUUCAAUAUAGAGGAUAUUACAUGGAGGCCAUCAGACUGUAUCAAAGAGACGUUAUCUUACAGAUGUUUUGGUCAUGCAGAUGUUUUGGUCAUACACAUGUUGUUCCAACAAAUGAUUGGAAACUAUAAGCAAACAUUUUUGUGGACAGUGUGCGGCGUCUGUUACAAAUGGCAGGUGGUGACAUUUUGCAUGUUAAUGCCUUGUUUUAGUAUAUGCUAGUCACAAUAUUUACCAUAUAAAUUCUUGUAAUAAGGUAUCUAGU